AUGAUUAAUAUUACCUUUAUAUUCAUUACACUAACGUUGAUUAGCAACGCAUAGGAUUUACCAAAUGUAAAAAUAUACAUAGAGUCACGUUGUCCCGAUACAGCAGCAAUGAUGAGAGCUAUAUCGAAUACAACAAUCGACUCAUUGGAUCAAUUGGCAAAUGUUGAAUUUAUACCUUCAGGAAAAUUGAAUUCAAAUUCAUAUGAAGCCAAUACAUACAUCACAAAUUGUCAGCAUAGUGAGGAAGAGUGUUAUGGAAAUAUGAUUUUAGCAUGUGGUCUAUAAUUGCAAAAAGAUUAGGUUUCUAGUACUAAAUUUGUGAGAUGUUUCUUUAAGGAAGCUUAUAAAUAAAAUUUUCAGGAGUAAAUUGACAAAUGUUUAGAGAAUACACAAUAAAAAUUGCUGGUUAAAGCUUGUGCUAAUGGGCCACAAGGGAUUGAACUUUUAUAUACAAAUAGAUUGAGAACUCCAGAAUUGAGUUAUGUUCCUUCUAUUGCAAUAAAUGGAUAGAUUAAGAAGUUGAAGGAGGAUUUUGGAAAAGUACUUUGUUCUUUAAGUGAUGCAUAAGCUAUAUGUAAAGAUAUCAAAUGGGUUUGA